UAUGUGCAGUUUCUUUCUGCACGUCACGACAUUUUCAUAAUCAAAAACCUCCGCCGACAGCAGUCGGCACAAUGCGUUCAUCGCGACAUACUGCGGUGGAGCUGACAGGAAGCGCUGCAGCGUCCGGAGGCUGCGGAGUAUCGCUUGUUCAGAAGGCGCAAGCCGAGGAGGGGUAGAGGAGAUCAGGGGAACUUUGUUUUCUUGUCUGCCUGAUUUGAAAUGGAAGUCAAAUACAACCUAAAGAGUCCAGCUGUGAAGCGGUUGAUGAAGGAGGCAGCUGAGCUCAGGGACCCAACAGAACACUAUCACGCACAGCCGUUAGAGGAUAACCUCUUCGAGUGGCACUUCACAGUCCGCGGCCCUCCCGAUUCUGAUUUUGACGGCGGUGUCUAUCAUGGCAGAGUUGUGCUUCCUCCUGACUAUCCGAUGAAACCUCCCAGCAUUAUACUGCUCACACAUACUGUGGAUCAUGUUGAAGCCCGAAGGAGAAUGUGUAGCGAUCCACCUCCCUUCCUUAAGACCCAACUUGCCAAAGCUUUGAGAUUUAAACAGCCAAACGGGAGAUUUGAAGCUGGUAAGAAGAUCUGUUUAAGCAUCUCUGGACAUCACCCUGAGACCUGGCAGCCCUCCUGGAGCAUAAGAACUGCACUAAUAGCUAUAAUCGGAUUCAUGCCAACAAAAGGAGAGGGUGCAAUAGGAUCUCUAGAUUACACUCCCGAAGAACGGAAAGCCCUCGCCAGAAAGUCCCAAGACUUCUGCUGUGAGGUGUGUGGAGGCAGCAUGCGGUCUGCUUUGCUGCCUGUGACCUGCAACAGCAACCCAAGCAACAAUGACAGGGAGGCCAAAGAGCUUGCAAGACAGAUCAGCUUUAAGGAGGAAUCGAGUUCUUCCAGUAAAGCAGCCCAGAAGCAGGUACUGGUCAGCCCAGUGAGCUCAGAGCUGUCUGGAGAGCAGGCGUCUUCAUCCGGGACCCAGACAGAAAAUCCUGAGUCCCCUGAAGUGGCUGACUCCCAAACCAGCCCCCAGAGCAGUCCCAGGGAAGAGACUCCCCAGCCCAGGCCUCUGAACAGACCUCUGAGCCCUCGCCAACGCCGUGCACAGCAGCAGAGCCAGCAGCCUCGGAGGCCAGCCUCCCCAACCUACCCACAGCUCCAGCGCCAGCCUGAGGGCUCCAGCCACGUGGGGCUGGCUGUUCUCAUAGUGGUUCUGACUUUAGCGCUUGCUACCCUCAUCUUCCGAAGGAUCUACCUGGCCAGCGAGUACAAGUUUGACUACGAACUGUAAUGCUCUUUCUUGCUUCAUCUGACCUCAUACUGGAGACAUCAGCCAGCCUGUAAUCCUGUAGACUGCUGUAUAGUAUCACAGUCAGUUUAUGAAAGGCUGUUCUUUUUUAGCUUGAUUUUUUUAUUUUAUUUUAUAAAUACAUGUCAAAAAAUGGUUUUAACCUUAAAAAGGACAAUUUUGUUUUUCGCUACACUUUGCUUAUAGUAUACAACCAGUUCUUUAAACAAAGAGUGGUAGAACAGCUGUAAACCAUGCAUUCCCUAAUUAUGGCAAACCUAUAUUAACUAUGUAAACAGAGUGCUUCCUAAGAAAUAUCAGAAUAUUUAUUAUGAUAAAUAUCAGUAUAUAUGAUGUGAUAUGGGUUGUCAAUGCUUUUAAAGUUGCUUUUUUAUUUUAUAUGUCUAUGUCUAGAUGUAUUUAACCACCUCAAUGCUACAUAAUGUCUUGCUCACGGUCUGCAGUACAAAAAAAGCUUUACAGUGUUUACAGUUACUUGAACCAAGCGUUUGGCUGCCAGUAAACCCCAAGAAAUUAGUUGAAAGAUUUCAGACACAUGUAUUGCACAUCUCUUAACAAAAGGAACAUGAGAAAUCUCAUCUGUCUUUUACAAUAAUAAUAUAUAGGGUAGCUGUGAAAUUGUUCUUGUGUAUUUGUGGUGCGGGAGUAAGAUAGUAGUAGUAGUUUUCAUAAUAAAUAGCACCUGGAAGCAAAAUCCAACCAAUAUUUUAAAUCCAAACCUACUGCAAGAACAAGUCUAAAUUAUUAAAUACAGAGUUUAUCUAGGUUGAUUUUGUUCUCUUAUAAAAAAUAUUUCAUUGAUGUGUUAAGAGAUAAAGGAUUUACUAUGAGCACACAUGCACGCACUAGACACAAGGAAUGUUUAGUCAAUAGUAGUAUUUUAUUAAGUACACAAAUAUUAAACAAAAAUCAGAAAAGUCAGAGUAAAUCUUAGUUUGUAAGCACAAAACACAAGUCAGUGCUCUCACCCUGCAUACAAGCAGCUAGCAGGGCCAGUGAAAUAUGACAGUGCUUAUAUACACACACACACACACACACACAGCCUAAUACUGAAUUGGUGCUGGCAAUCUUGGAAUGUAUCACAUUAAGCUCACUAAUGGUAUAUAGAUUAAGGAUAUAACAAGUUUACUUUUAAAAGGAGUUCUUCAUACGACAAUAUGAGAUAGAUUACUUAUAGUUACUUCCUCAAAUUUCACUAAAAGUAGUGUGCUAACUAAAUAAUUAACAGUUCAAUUCUAUGAGAAUGUGUUACAAUUCAUUUCAUGAAAGGAAAAUGCACUGGAAUUAUACUCAACGGUCCCUUGAAGCUUAGACUUUUGUCAACUGGGUUGGAAACUCAAUCUUUUGAAGUGUCCAGUAUAAAAGGCUCUCCACUCAGCAAAAAAGUCUUCAAUCCCCAGUAAGAUCCAGAAACUCAGCAACAAAGUCAAACAAAACCCCGCUAAGAUCAACAAACAGCUGCAACAAAGUCUUCAAUUCUGAUAGGAUCCGCACCAGCGCCCGUCCACUCUGUCCUCUUCGCUGAAUCUUUAGCUACGCAGGUAGCAGCGCAGUUUAUCCAGACUCGUUUGUCUGAUAAGUGUUAAGUUUUAUGGCAGUCCUCUAGCUGAGUCCUGGAGUUGCCCCUUUGUUUAGCAGAGCUACAGCACCUAGUUAGCAAACAAUGUGGAAGGAAAGGUGUUCAGUUUUGCUUGGAUAUUGUCUUUUCACUCUGCUGAGUGCUACUUUCAUGAGGUCACUUGUGUAUCUCGCCUCUUUAAAACUCAGUCCUUUGAUGUUUUAAUGUAUUUCAUCUCGGGAUAUGGAUGCUUUAUGUCUUGCUUGAGUCAAACCGCUUGUUGUUGGUGUUGUGAAUUAUCUGUACAUAAUUCAACUGUCCUUUCAGCCUCGUCCAGUCCAGACGCCACCUCACCCUGGUCACCUAGUUCAGUGGUCACGCAGUUCAGUAUGUCUACUAGGAAAGGGGCCGUUCAUGACACAGAGAUUUCAAUACUUAGUCCAGCUAUAUUUCUAAUACACGUUCGGGUAUUGGUAUCGUAUUCAGGGAAUAUGCACCACAAUACACUUAAGUAAAACUGUUCCCUCAGAAAAAAAUCAGGUUACAGUACUCAUAUUUUGUUAUUUUUAUUUUAUUUAUUUAAACAUUGAAACAAAAUAAGUGCCCUUGAGUUAAAUCUCUGAAGUAAUAUUCUUGUUUGUACAACUUACUUCUGCACACAUGUUAAAAAUGAAAUGCUUUCACUACUCAAUGGUCAGCUUACCUCAAUCAAGCACAAUGUAUCAGGCCUGCCAGGGUAUAUGGGGUCUACAAGGUGUUGGAGGUUUUUCUGAGUUACGGUAUUGGCAACCAUCUCCAGCAACUCAAACCAAGUGCAUAAUGAUAGAGCUGAAUUUAAUUCCU